UAUAGCCCGAUAAUGAUUGUAUUAUUGACACUUGGAGUAAGGUCCGUCACUUGAGUGUCUCAGCCCUUAUCGACUUUUGUGGAAAGCCUUCUAAAUGGGAGGAUACCUGGAGGACUGACUCGGAUUUGGUGUCGAGAGAAUGUGGAUUAAACGGUGUAUAACGCGCAGUCCGAUGUCUGCUCUGAGGCCAGGUUCCUCCCCGGCGCACCACAUCUGGAUCCUGCUGGCCGUGGCGCACCUGGCCGUGGACCUCUCCGCCUGCAGCCCCCUCAGCCCGGCCCCGGGGCUCAAGCUCCAGCACAAAGCGGCGCCUCGCUCCCGGCCCCACUGGCAGCCCCUCUGGGACACCCCCAACAUGCUCCACUGGAGGACUGUGAGCCCCCUGGCCCGGCGGCUGCUCAGCCCCGUCUCCCCGCCCCACGACGGCAGGGCCGGCCUGGGCUCCAAGGUCAGGGUUCAGAGGCAUCGGAAACCGCUACGCCGUCUGGGCCCGGCGGAGUGUAAGGACUGCGAUUGGAUAUACUCUCAGGCUGCCGAUUCGCCGGUGCCGUUGGGCGGCGCUGCCGUCGCCGCCGCCGCCGCCGCAGUUGCGUUGUCCCGCGGCGGCAAGCGGGACAACGUGAGGUUGUCUCCGCGGAUGAGGAGACAGCUCAUGUGGGAAAGUCCUGACAAUGUGCCGGAGGGCUGGACCACCACCCAGGCAGGAUUUAUCGACUGGGGACCCACGGGGCCACCGGUCGAUACCCCGGACGAGGAAGGCAAACCCGGGCCCAACUUGACCCUGUCCACCAAGGCCUUGAGCACCACCACGGUGGCCAGCACCACCACCUCCAGUACCACCAAGGUUCCCAUUUGGACUAGCCCCGUGGCGACCACGACGCAGAGCAAGAAGCAGAACACCACCAAGGCGGCGGUCAGCUUGGGCGAUACCAAACCACCAAAGCCAUACGGGGAAACACCAGGGUUGGCAGUGCACCAGAUCAUCACAAUCACUGUGUCUCUCAUCAUGGUGAUCGCGGCCCUGAUCACAACCCUCGUCCUGAAGAACUGCUGUGCGCAGUCGGGGACCGGCCGCCACAAUAGCCAUCAGCGCAAGAUCCACCAGCAGGAGGAGAGCUGCCAGAACCUGACCGACUUCACGCCGGCGCGCGUGCCCAGCAAGGUGGACAUCUUCACAGCCUACAACGAAAGCAUGCAGUGCUCGCACGAGUGCAUGCGGACCGCCGUGCCCAUCUACACCGACGAGAUGAUCCAGCAGACCCCGGUCUACAAGAGCUCCUACAACGGAAACAGACCCUCUCCGAGCGAAAGGCAGCUGAUUCCCGUGGCCUUUGUUUCGGAGAAGUGGUUUGAGAUCUCCUGCUGACCGGCUGCGCGGCCCGGUUCACCACUUCACCGUGCUCGCCACAGACAUACCGGACCCAGGCUCUGAACGUCAACGUUAAAGGAGCUACAAACACACACACAAUCACACACUCACACACACACACACACACACACACACACAAACACGAAA